AUGAAUGAAUACUACGAGUAUUUCGAACCCGACUACAAAUUAGACAUGAGGUCAUCAAAUAGGGAGGAUAUGAAUACACCAGAGUAUGGGUUUCGAAGGUAUUGGAAAGGUGUUGGAAUGUUCAUCAAACUACUAGAUAUCCCAAACAUUCCGAUGGACAACAAUAUGGAUGACCUUAAUCAGGAUGAAGACUUGAUUCCUCCUGAUGUCAGGAGACACCGGCGGCUAUUGGACUCUCACAUCCAAGCAGACAGAGAGCUAUCUGACUCGGAUGAUGAGAGAGAGGGGGGCGUAGAGAUCACGCACAUCAUCGGGAUCGUGACAGCAAACUGA